AAUCUCUCUAUAUGCAUACAAAAAAAAAUAUAUAUAUAUAUAUGUACACACACAUAGUAAAAUGAACACACGUGUGCGGUGAACCUGCGCAUUGUCGCGCAGUGAAGAACGUGCCGCGGAUGCAGCUGGAAGCAAUUGGGGUUCAAAAUAUAAGCAUCAGAGACGACAAAUACACUGAUUCUCAAAAUACAUAUACGCCGGUUUUGUUCGAAAAAAAAAAAAUAAUAAAAUAAAAGUAGAAAAACAAAAAUCUACUCAGAAAACGAUAAUUAGGAGAAAGUGGGGAAAAAUAUGCAGAGGAACAUUUCGACAAAUAAUUAUUUAAUAAAGGAAGUUGACGAUGUUGUUGAUUAAGUGUGUUAAAAGAAGUGCACUAUAAAAAAUAUUAAAAAUCGUUCAAGUUGAAAGAAAUGCGGCUUCCGUGCUUCACAAUUCUUCCUUGUGGAUUUUAAUAUUUAAAACAAGAUGAGAAGUGAGGUAGGAGAAUGGUUGCCCACGUGCGUCGGUUCGCCAAUUUGCAUCCUACUUCUCUCUUGGUCACUGCUCAUAUACCAGAACCAACCAUCUUCUUCAAAAAGAAGAAUAGAUAUCCUGACGGUAGCAAUUCUUACAGAAAGUCUCGUUCAUCAACUUGGUUUAUUAUUGUACGCAAUAAUCACACUAAUACGGCCAGCCAAUCAUUUUGGAGAAUUAUGUUCGACCUUGGUGUGGAUGCUGAACUCGUCGAGUAUCCUUCAGGAGUUGACUUUGACGUCAAUCGCCAUCUUUGCAGCGAUUAGCAAACAGGAAAACUUGAACCUAACGAAAAAUCAUCUCAAGUAUCAUGUUGUUUGUCUUAGUGUUGUUAGUGCGUGUAUUGGCGUAACAGGUAUUCUCAAUUUUGAACAAAAAAUUUGUGUUUUUCUACCACAAGAAAUAUCAUUGAAAUAUGGAAUUUUUAUAAAUUCAUUGAGAAUAUUAUUAUUAAUGACAUCGCUAUUGAGUUUAUUUAUAAAUUUAUUUAAAAAUUCAUGUCGUCCUGUUAAAAGUGAAUUAUUAAAAUCAGUAUCCGAUUUAUCGGAAGCAAGUUCAAAAAAUUCAUCUGGAGCUUAUGAAUGCCAUCAACAACAUUGGGAGCCAUCGAGUGGUUCUUGCACUAGUGGCUCAACAAAUAGCAGGACCUGUUUGAAAAAAAAGAAGAUUCAAGUUGAUGAGGCCAGUGGAAGGUCCACCGUUUUCAGCAUUCUUUUCGUCUGUUAUAUUUUCGACAGUCUUCCAACUUUGAUAAUCUCCAUUUGGCCAGAACUAUUCAAAGAUUUUUGUACACCACAAAACUUAGCCACAUGGCUACCACUGUUGAAAGACACACUUCUUCCUGUAUUUCUUGCAAUGUUCGAUAAAAUGUUCUGUCGCUAUGUGGCCAAAGUCUAUACAAAACAAGAUCAUUCAAUGAAGAUAUCACACGGCAGUAUAGAUGGAAAAUUUCGUCAUUUUGAACACGACGCUGAAUACAAGUUGCAGCUGAAUUUAAAUCACGGUUUAAAAUUCCCUCUUACAAACGGAAGUCUCUAUGGACGAUUGCAUAAUCAUCAGAACAGAGCGAGAACUGGAACUAUUACCAUGGGGAUUCAACAUUAUCCAAGGUCACAAUCUACAAAUGAUGAUAAUGCCUAUGGGUCUCUUUCGCCGGAAGUUGCAUCCUUUACAAGUUCAACUUUCGAACCACGUAUUGAUCCACCAGUCAAAACAUCGUUCGAACAACAACAACAACGAAAUAACAGAGAUUAUGAAAAUUUCGAAUAUGGCAAACGAAGAAAAGUUGGUAGCACUGAUGUUUUUGGACAGAAUUUAGAGAAUCUCGUGCAACUUGAUAAUCCAUCGAAAAGAAAAUUUACAAAAAGUUUAGAUGAAAUUCGCGAAGAAGUGCCGAGGAAAAUUGAUAGAAGUGUUCCUGGUUUGGAAAAUUUAGUAGCGGGAUUGGAGAAAAAUAGAUCAGAUGAAGUGCAAUUCCAAAGGAAUGCUGUUAGAAGAAACCAAAGUUUCGAUCAAGCGAGUUCAGUGCAAUUUGAAAAUUUCAAAGCGAAAUAUUUCAACCUUGGUAGAUUUCCACGACAAGGAAUGGACUCGAGGACAUAUGAUAUUAAAAAGGAUGCGAUUAGACGUGAUCAGUUACAAGCUCUACAUUCGAAACAAAACGCCGAGGAUAAUGAUGCCGAUUAUGAAUCUUCGGAUGACGAAAGCUGUGACCUUGAAAGUGGUGAUUUUGAUACUAUGAGCUCAUGUAAAAGCAGAGCGAGAAGUUGUUGUUCAGUUACAACUGUUGCUAACGAUGACUUUGAAUUUUUCCAAAGGAAAGGAACUAAGGUGGAAUUAUUGCCUCUCAAAAAAGGUAAUGGAAGUAAAAUAAAUAUGCGUACAUUCACGCCAAAAAUCAUUGAAAAUGAAGCAACUCCAACAGGGACUGACAAUAGUAGAAAUGAAAAAAUUGACACAAAACCAGUUAUUCAAUCAUAUCAUUUAAAAAAGAAAAUCACUGCCGGAUAUUCAAUGAACGAUAUCGAUAAAAUCGAUAAUAAUACAAUAAUGCCAAAUCUUUCAAUGGAAAGUCUUCGCAGUAUACUCAAAAAUACUGACGUCAGUUAUCUCGACAGUGGGGAAAUUUGUAGGCACGAUAUUGGUGGAUCUGUUCCUGAUUUCAAGAAAAUAUUUCUCACCGAAUUCAUUUAGAAUUAAAUUCUUUAUUGUAUAGUCAAUCAUAAAUCAAAAAAAAAAAUAAUAAUUUCUUUCUUUUCUAUUAAACAUAAAAAAAAAUAAUUUAACACAAUUCUUGUACAUAAAUAAUUGUUCGUUAUGCUAAUUUAUGAUUCAAAGGUAAAAUUAAUUAAGAAAAUGUAGAAAAAUAUUGAUUUUAACUGACUAGAAUGCGAUUUAUGUGAGAAAUCGUUGAACGUAACCAGAGCGAUGAUAAAAUUUAUGUGUAUAUAUUUUGUAUAUGUAUAUCGCACUACUUAAUAUUCAAAAAAAUGUUAAUAAUUAUAUCAAAUAACUCAAAUGAACCGGACGUUAAUUAAAAACAAAAACAUUAUAAUAUUGAGAAAAAAAAAAUAAUCCGUUGACUAUAUUAUAUGGUCAAAUGAGAUUUUAAAAAACUAAACAUUGUCAUAAAACUGUACUAUUUUAUUAUUAAUUAAUUUUUCAAAUAGAAAACCUAGUUUUAUUUGAAAAAUAAAUUAAUAACUUUUAUAUCUUCAAAAAAAAAAUUAAGCGAUGACAAUAUAAUUUUACUUUAGAAAAGUUUAAUCUUUAAUAGAUAGUAUUUUAUGUGUCAAUUGAAAUAAUGUAAAAAUAGUUUUCUUAUUAAUUCAUCGACAAAUUUGUAAUUGCGCAAUUAU